AUGAACUCUCUUUUCAGUUUUAAAUCAAAAGUUUUCCCCGAAACUAUACCAAAACUUAAAUUAUCUCUCAUGCUCUUCCUAAUAAUCCUAAUUCUAUCAAUCAAAUACUUUCUAUCAAAUCUACACUUCGACUACAUACCGAACUUGGACAACGUCCCAAACACUUUCUACUACGAUUUAGCCAAUUACCAAGGAAGCCCCGAUGGUUGGCAAAGAUACGAAAAGGUCCUAUUCUGUGUCCCCCUCAGAGAUGCUGAAUCUCAUCUACCCAUGUUUUUUGGCCAUAUGAAAAACCUAACCUAUCCUCACAACCUAAUUGAUCUAGCCUUCCUAGUCUCGGACUCAAAGGACGACACAAUGGGCUCCCUAAGAAGUCACUUACAAGAAAUCCAAAAUGACCCAAAUCCAAACCUACAUUUCGGCGAAAUCGAAAUCUACGAAAAGGACUUUGGUCAAAUCAUUGGCCAGGGCUUUAGUGAUCGUCAUGGUUUUGCUGCCCAAGGUCCUCGUAGAAAGUUAAUGGCUAGAGCAAGAAAUUGGCUAUGGACUGUAGCAAUAAAACCAUAUCACUCCUGGGUAUACUGGAGAGACGCUGACGUCGAAACUGUUCCUUCAACUAUCAUAGAAGACCUAAUGCAUCAUGAUAAAGAUGUCAUUGUCCCCAACGUUUGGAGACCUCUCCCGGAUUGGUUGGGCAAUCAACAGCCCUACGACUUAAACUCAUGGCAAGAAAGUGAUGGUGGCCUCCAAUUAGCCAACACCCUAGAUGAAGACGCUGUCAUAGUAGAAGGUUAUCUUGAAUAUGCCACCUGGAGACCUCACUUGGCCUACCUAAGAGACCCAUAUGGCGAUCCAGAAGUCGAAAUGCCCCUAGAUGGUAUUGGCGGUGUAUCAAUUCUAUCAAAGGCAAAAGUCUUUAGAACUGGAACUCACUUUCCUGCCUUCUCCUUUGAAAAACAUGCUGAAACUGAAGCCUUUGGUAAAAUGUGCAAGCGAAUGAGCUACUCCGUUGUUGGCUUGCCUCACUAUGUUAUUUGGCACAUCUAUGAGCCUUCAACUGACGAUUUGAAACAUAUGGAAUGGAUGGCUCAAGAAGAAGCAAGACAAAAAGAAGAAGAAAAAUUAAGAAAGAUUUAUCAAAAAUCUUGGAACCAAGGCUUUGAAGACGUUCAGGAUAUUUGGAAAGAGGACAGAAUUAAUAUCCUAAAAAAUACUGAUAUGAGUAAACAUCGUAAAAUUGUUGUUGAUUGGUCUGGUAUCGAUGAAUUUGAUCCAAUUGAGGAAGAAGUCAAAAUUGUUGAUACAAAUUCAAAACAAGACAAAGAAAAAGAAAAAGAAAAAGAAAUGGAAAUAGAAAAGGAAAAGGAAAAAGACAAAGACAAAGACAAAAAAGACGAAAAAGAUAAAGGCAAAAAAGAAAUCGAUACUUCAGACUCUCAACAGUCUUCUGAUAAAGAUAAAAAAUCAAAAAAAAAUCAAGAUCAGCUGAAUAAACAACAUGUAAAUGACAAUGAUAAAGUUUUAGCAGACUUUGAUUCUUAA